AGGCAAUGGACGCCGCGGGUCACGUGGCGGGAUGGGGCUCGUGACCACCGGGACUCCCUUAAGUUGUCACUGGGUCCAUUCCUGCAUCACUCAGUUCUGUUUGCGCCGCAGCCGAAAGAACUUGCCAAGAUGCUGUGUGGAGGACUCACGGACACCCAACCGGCCACGGCCGAAACGCAGCAGAUCGCGGACCAGGUAAAGGCAGAGCUUGAAGAGAAAGAAAAUAGGAAGUUUCCAAUCUUUAAGACCAUGGAAUUUAAAAGUCAAUUGGUUGCUGGAACAAACUACUUUAUUAAGGUUCAUGUUGGUGAUGAGGAAUUUAUACAUCUUCGAGUAUUUAAAAGUCUCCCUCAUGAAAACAAGCCAUUGUCUCUAACCAGAUAUCAAACCAAGAAAACCAAGACUGAUGAAGUGGUCUAUUUUUAAUGCACCAAUCUGAAGAGUAGCCCUUUCUUCUUUUAUAUGGGUACAUUAUAUAUGUCCCAUGGGCAGUUAUUAAAAUUUGGAACAAUAAAAGAAAUCUGAUUUAAUAA